AUGGGAUUCCUCAAAAUUGGAACGCCAUUAAGUUGGGAAGAAGUUCAGCAUGUAAAAUCUUUAAUACGAUUAUACGGUCUUUUGCAAUUUGUUCAUAUAUACAAAUGUAACAAAGAUAGAGUAGAUAAAAAUAUAAUGUUUGGUGAUGAAAUAGAAUAUAUUAUUAUAAAAAAUGAUGAAACUUUAAAAGAAUCCUCUGCACUUUUAUGUGCGUCAGAUUUAAUUGAUGAAAUGAUGAAUUUAGAAAGUGUUACAGAUUGCCAGUAUGGAUCUCAUUGGACCCCUGAAUAUUCUUCGUUUACUGUUGAGGGGACUCCAUCUGUUCCUUUUAAAUUUGAUAUUAAUUCUUCAUCAUUUGUUGAAGAUUGCAUGAGAAUAAGAAGAAGCAAAUUAAAUAAUGUUUUAAGUACAAUAAAUGGUGUUAGAGCAAUUACUUUACCAUGUUUUCCAAAUGUGCUUUUAGAUAAUAGCCUUCUUAUGGCUAAAAGGACAAAUUAUGAAAAUAAUAAAAGAAAAAGUGAAAAACAUAAAGUAGAAUCUAUAGAAGCACCAGUUGUAGAAAGUCUCAAUUCAAAAAAGACUGAAAAAAAUUAUAUUGAAUGUACAAAGCAUGUCAUUUCUUUUAAUGAAGACAAAAAUUCGGUUGUGGAUACUAUUACAAAUGAAAUGGAAGAAAUUAAAUCUAUCAAUUUCGUAAACUCAGAUAUAACAUUUCAAAAGAGUGAUGAACUUUUAUUGCAUGACAUUUAUUAUGAGGAUGGGGCAGAAAUAGGAGGGGGAGUAAAGCAACACAGAAAUGAAAAAGAAGAAGGAAAAGAAAACGAACAUGAUAUGUUUAUGAAUACAAUAAAAGGAAAUUUACCAUUUGAAUGCGAAUUAUUUAAACCAGAAAAUACAAGACAAUAUAGUAAUAGUUGUUUAAUCUCUGAUAUGGUAAUUAGUCCACAUGCUAGAUAUAUUACUCUAACAAAAAAUAUUAGAGCAAGGAGGGGAACAAAAAUUAUUUCUUUUAAUCCUAUAUAUAAAGAUAUAUAUACGGAACAUUUGAAACAUUGGGAUUUAUCACUUGAUAAAAGUGAUAAAAGACUUUUUAAGAAAAUAAAAAAAAAAUAUAUCUUAGAUGAUCAUUUAAUUUGGAAUAAGUCAAUGAAUAAUAUAAAAAAUGCUAAUAAUAAUGAACAAAAAAUGAAUACGCCUAAAAAUAUAAUUUGUGUAGAUAAUCAAAGUAAUAGCAUGCCUCAUGAAUAUAAUAGGGCAGCAGAAGAAGAUAAUACUAAACACUUAAAAAAUAACGAAGAAAACUUAAUUGAUACAGUCAUAAAAAAUAGCUUAUUUAGUAAUAUGGACGAUGAAAAAGAUUAUAUAUAUGUUUACGAUAGAAAAUUUAUUGAAGAAUACUCUGAAAAAUCAAAAAAUCCAAUUAAAGAUUAUGUAUAUCUAGAUGCUAUGUUUUUUGGAAUGAGCAUGUGUUGCCAACAAUUAACUAUGUCUUUUCCAACUAUAGAUGAUGCAAGAUAUUUAUAUGACCAACUAGCUGUUAUUGCACCCCUUUUUUUAGCUUUAACUGCUUCUACACCAUAUUUAGGAGGAUUUCUCACAGAAACUGAUACGAGAUGGAGAGUCAUUUCAAACAGUGUUGAUUGUAGAACAGAGGAAGAGUUGUCUUACAUAUCAAAACCAAGAUAUUCAGGAAUAUCAUUAUAUAUAUCCAAUGAAUUACCUUUAAAAGACAAUUAUUAUUUUUAUAAUGACAUUGAUGUAGUUCUCGAUAAAAAUGUUUAUGAAAAAUUAAGAAAAGAAAAUGUUGAUGAUAAUUUAGCUAGACAUAUAUCAUCUCUUUUUGUUAGAGAUCCAAUUGUUGUAUUUAAAGGCUCAUAUAACGAAAAUGAUAUUCUAUCCAUUGAAAAAGAAAUUGAAGAGUUUUAUAAUAGUAACAUAUAUGUGAAUAAAGAGAAAAAUACUAAUAAUAAUUCUAUGAAUAAUAAUAGGGAAAGCAAUAUGCAUAGUAUUUAUUUAAGUGAUAAUUUUGAUUUUUUAGAAGAUUAUGAAGAGAAAGUAUUGUCUUCACAUCAGCAUUUUGAAAAUUUUCAAAGUACUAACUGGAAUAGUGUUAGAUUUAAACCCCCACCAAUCCUUGAUAAUCAUUUUAAUGGACCAAGUUCUAUAGGAUGGAGGGUAGAAUUUAGAACACCAGAUAUUCAAAUUACUGAUUUUGAAAAUUCUUCUGUUGUUACUUUAAUUAUGGUUUUGUCAAAAUUUAUCUUAGAAGAAAGAUUAAAUUUAUACAUCCCUAUGUCCUUAUUAGAAGAAAAUUUGUAUAGAUCAGCUAACAGAGAUGCCAUCAUAAAGGAAAAAUUUUAUUUUCGCAAAAAUUUAAAUUAUUAUACAACAGAUAAUGAAAUUGAAGAAAAAAGUAUAUAUGACAUUUUUUUUAAUGAACAGAAUGGAAUUUUCUUUUUGUGCUCAAAUUAUAUUGAGAGAAAAUUUAAAGAAGGAGUAUUAAGUCAAUCUGCAAAAAAUAAAAUAGAUGAAUACAUUGAAUUUAUAAAAUUGAGAUGUAAUGGAAAAAUAUCUACAGGUGCCGCUUACUUAAGAAAUUUUAUUUUGAAUCAUCCAUCUUAUGAAAAAAAUUCUUAUAUCAAUAGUAAAAUAAAUUACGAUGUAUGCAAAUUAAUAGCGGAUAUAGGAAAGGGAUUGAUAAUCCCACAAGAAUUAUUAGGAGUUUUUGUUGAUCCAUACAAAGAAAGAAUUAAGAGCGAUUUAAGGCAAAUAAACGAAAGCCAAUAUGUUAACUCUCUGGCAUAUAAAUUUAUAUCGGGAGAAGAUUAUACGCAAUAUUUACUUCUUAGUGAAGCUAUUAAGCAAGAUCAAGAUUAUUACACGUGCACAAAACGUACAAAUUAUGAAGAAUCAACAGAUAUUACAUUGGAGUUUGGAAAAAAAUUAUAUCAAUUAAGUGCAUAA